GGUUUCCGCUUCCGCUGCCGGAUUGUUGACGCCUGUGGCUGCUGCGGUGGCGACCGCGCCGUUGGGGCAGGGAAGUGGCGCGGUGACAGGUACCGCGGAGUGAGCUCCGGUGGCGACGAUGGCGGAGGGGUCCGAGGAUGCCCGAGGCCGCCCUCCGGGACAAGAAGACGGUAGAGGAGAUCACGAACCCGUCCCUUCUCGGCCAGAGCCCCCCGUCACCCCCUACCCCCAGGAGGGGUCGCAAGCCGAACCCCAGGCCGGAGAUCGGCCCCCAUCCCCGGGCCUCGCGCUCGCGCCCGCGCCGGCCGUCGCCACCACCUGUGAGGAGGCGGAGCUGCCACGAGAGCUCCGGAAGCGGAGGGAGGGGACCUCGGCCUCAGACACGGGGCCGCCGGAGCCCGUGGGCUGCGAGGUGCCGGAGGUCGCGGCGCCGCGUGACAGGCCCGCGCGGCUGAGCGCCCGCGAGUACUCCCGGCAGGUGCACGAGUGGCUAUGGCAGUCCUACUGCGGCUACCUCACCUGGCACAGCGGCCUGGCCGCCUUCCCCGCCUACUGCAGCCCCCAGCCGGGCCCCCCAGGCCACCCCGCGGCCGGCGCUCCCGCGCCGCCGCCCGCCCCCCAGCUGGGCUAUUACAACCCCUUCUACUUCCUAAGUGCCGGGGUGGCGGCGCCCGAUCCGGCGGCCGCCGCAGGCAUCGGCGUCCCCGCUGCGAUCGCCGGCCUGGGUCCCCGGGUUCCUCUUGUGCAGGCGUCGGCCCGGGCCACUCCAGUGACCAGAGCGGGAACCGCUGCCCCUUCGCGGACGACGAGCGAGACCGGGCGGCAGGCAGGCAGAGAGUAUGUUAUUCCAUCGUUGGCUCACAGAUUUAUGGCAGAGAUGGUUGAUUUCUUCAUUCUCUUCUUUAUAAAAGCAACAAUUGUCUUAAGCAUUAUGCACCUCAGUGGGAUAAAGGAUAUCUCUAAGUUUGCUAUGCAUUAUAUAAUAGAAGAAAUAGAUGAAGACACAUCAAUGGAAGAUUUGCAGAAAAUGAUGAUUGUGGCACUUAUAUACAGAUUAUUAGUUUGUUUCUACGAGAUUAUUUGUAUUUGGGGAGCAGGUGGAGCUACUCCAGGAAAGUUUCUACUAGGGCUUCGAGUUGUGACAUGUGAUACAUCAGUGCUUAUUGCUCCAAGCCGGGUUCUAGUCAUCCCUUCCUCAAAUGUUAGCAUUACAACGUCCACCAUACGAGCUUUGAUCAAGAAUUUUUCUAUUGCUUCCUUUUUCCCUGCUUUCAUCACUCUGCUGUUUUUUCAGCAUAAUCGAACAGCCUAUGACAUUGUAGCAGGAACUAUUGUAGUAAAAAGAAAUGGGGUCAGAUGAUGUCUCUCCAAAACUCUAAAUUCCAUACUCUGGAAUAAUGACAAGACUAAAUUAUGUAUCAAAGGCCUUCAGUAUCCCUGACAAAUUAGAAAUUAAAGCAGUCACUCCACUUGAUGGAGGUGACUAUUCUCAAAGUAUUGAUUUUACUUGAAUGCCAAAGAACUUUUCCUGAAGAAAAAUCUUAAACAUAAGUGUUAAAAAAAAUUUAGGU